AGUGUGUUCCAGAUAAGCCAACGAUGGCGCAGAUACUUAUCAUCUAUUUAAGGCGAGGCAAUAUUGGAUUACCGAGUCUCUUCAUAUUCUGUGAAUCAACCUCCGAAUCUUUAUAUCUGGAAAUAUGGAAAACUUUGUCAAUACGCAUCUCAGGUAUAAAGGAAAAUAUCAAAUCAAUAGUUUGCGAUUGGGAUUCUGCACUUCAUACUACGAUCGGGCAAACUUUUCUCGAUGUUUCCCUGAAAGGAUGUUGGUUCCACUACAUAAGAAAAUCUGCAAGCUACUUCAGAAAGGCCGUACUUUUGACAAGGCCAACCCAGACAAUGAUUUUAGUAACAUAAAAAAAUGGUUAUCUGACAAUUUGAAAAAUGAACGUAGACCACCGUUGACUGCAGAGCAAAAAGAAUUGAGAAGUCAAAAGGCUAAAUUGCGACGAUUGCAAGAAAAAGAGAAAAAAAGAGAAGGAGAUGGUAAUAAUGUCAACAGUAACAACGGGAAUCGUCAACGAGAAAGAAGACAACAGGAAAACAACGAGCCACAAAAUUGAAGAUAGUUAACUUUGCAGGAAAGAAACUUUUGAAAAAAUUUAAUAUCUUAUAGUUAAUUUUUUU